AUGCCAAUAACUGUUACACCAUUAGAAGGCCAACCAUUGGGAGCCACAAUCAAGUUACCUGAGGGAUGUACCGAUCCUAGUGAACUGUCACCGGAAGAUUUCAAGGACUUGUACAAUGCUUUGCUCACACAUCUCGUUAUCGUAAUUCCAGGAAUGGAAAAGCUUCCCCCAAAGUCUCAAUGGAAACUGACGACCAUGUUCGACCCAACUUGUAAUCAAACUGGACUAGCGUAUGGUCACGGCAAGGAAUUUCGUCACGAAAAAUCAGUUUUGAGAAGAGACGGAACGUCAAUUCCUGAUCAGCCCCAGGUUCAAGUAUUAGGACAAGGCAGCUGGCCUGCUGGCCACUACGGCUUGGGAGAUAUCGACUUGAGACAUCCUACUCACUUUGAUUUCCACAGAAACCCAUUGACCGACGAGCAGGCAUUCGAACAAGAUAUGACUAGAUUUUAUAGGUGGCACAUCGACUCUGCGCUCUAUGGUCUGUCCCCUCCUGUUGCAACCACUUUGUUGGGAAUUCAUGUACCUCCACAUUCCAGAAAGCAAAAGAUCGUCUAUGAGGACAAUGGCGAUGUUCUGGAGGUAACCCAAGGUGCUACAGCGUUUGUUUCUGGUGAGAAAGCAUUUCAACUACUAACCCCAGAGGAACAGGAACGUGCUUUGGGCACUACUGUUGUAUAUGCGCCUCACCCUUAUAUUUUUAUCUCACCUGCUCGCGCUACUUCCGAUGGAUUGACCAUGGUGUCAGAAGGUAAAGAAAUGCCUUUAGAUCAAUUGCCACCAUGGGAAGAAUCUAAAGUGAAAAAAUUGCCUCUUGUAUGGACAAAUCCUGUCACUAAAAAACAUCACCUCCAAGUGCACGGUUGCUGCAUCCACAGAUUGGAGCUCCCAGAUGGUACCACACUUGAAUUAGAAGAUGCUCGUAAGGAAGUCCACAGAUUAAUGAGACCAGCUAUUUCGCCAGAAAACAUUUACGCACAUGCUUGGAAUAAGGGUGAUUUGGCUAUCUUUUUCAACAGAGGUGUAUGGCAUUCCGUAACUGGUCAGUUCUUGCCAGGUGAAAAGAGGCUCAUGCAUCAAUGCAACAUAGCUUCAGGGCAAGAUCCAUUUACUCUUACCGACCUCAAUGUGAAGAGCCCCGUGCAUGUGUCUGAUCAAAAACCGGGUGUUACACUUGAAGCAUCCAAUUCUCCCUCAAUUGCUGCUUAG